AUGGCGAACUACUCUGAGAGCCAAUCGGUUCUGCAGUCACGAUUGAGCGUCGUGGGUUUCGCGGAUGGAGAUGUCCUGAAAAUUCUGCCUGAGGUGGGAAACUUGAGGAGGCUGGCUUUCAUUUCUUCUUUCACCCCUGGCCAGACAGACGAGGAGCCUUUGAUGCGGGUGUUGAAGGAUAUCUUGAAACGAGAUCUGACAAUCGCAGACAAGGCCAAUUGGCGUGCGGUGUACAAUGAGGCUUAUGCCAUUGUGACCGCGGAAAUGAAGCAGCGGAUCGAGAAGGCCGAUCCCGAGUCGACUGUCAGGCCAUUGUCGCAGCCUGAGAGGUCUGAGCGUUACGAGCGGCAGGCAAAGAAGCUUGUCGGAAUUUCGCUAAAGGGGCCUCUGGAGCCUGCCGAUGCACUUGUCGACCUUGCUGUGGCCUCCUACGAGGCGAAUGAGCUCAGGUACAUUCCGUGGGACCGGUGUGUGUCAAAGGAAGCUGAAUUGGCUGGCGAGAAGAAGCGAGAUGUUAGGUUCACGGUCGAAGAGUCCUCUGGCAAGCUUCGGAUUGAGCAUAAGCAGCCUGACUUGGUUGCGGAUACUUCAUCAGAGAUUCUUGUUCAGCAGGCCCUCACGAGGAGGUCUCUGGCCAUGGAUCAGGCGAACCUGAUCGAUUUCAGUGUCUCCGACCAAUGGACUCAGCGCUUGAUGAAGGCUCGCAUGCAGACGCCUGCGGAGCAUUUUGUCAGGCCCACUUGGAAGCAGCUUGAGUCGGCGGAUCGGCAGCUGUUUGCCGAGCUUCGUGAUAAGACCAGGGCAGGAGUGCAGACCGUCGCAUCGGGUCGCCCGUUGGACACACUUCUGCCAGAUGCGAUGUACAUGAACGAAGUGUCGUGCUUAUUGCAACCUUUUCCGGCCCCUGCCCUAAAGGAUGUUCCCCAGAAGCCGGAUGCUCCCAAGUGGGAGAGGCCAUCUCCUUACACCAAAGGUGGGGGCAAAGGAAAGAAAGGUAAGCAGAGGUUCAUGACAAGGUUGCCCGCCGGCUUGGAAGGCUGCAGGUCCCACACAAAUCGUGGGGACCCAAUCUGCUUUGCCUUCAACCUGGGAGGCUGCUCGACGAAGGGGCAGAAGUGCGAGAAGGGCUUGCACAUCUGUGAAGUGCGGCGGCCGGUGCUCCAGAGAGUGUGCAUCAGCCGGCAGCGAGGACAGCACAGGUGGAUGAUCUCCGAGAGGGAGUUCAUCGGCCGAGCAAUGCAUGCGCGGGCGGCUCUCCUCCGAGUGGAGUGGAUUGUCGUCCGGAAUCAGGUGUUGAUCGAGAGGCCAUCACCAGGUGUGGUGGAGGCCGCACGCAGCAGGUCCCCGAAGCCCCGUGACGGGGCGGAGUCCCGGAGCCGCACAGCGGGCUCUACACUUGACGAGGGUCAUGUGAGUGCCACCGAUGUUCUGCGAGUCUUCGAUGGUCUUCCUUCGGAUGCCUUGAAGAGGGGUGCCGAUGCACCUCUCCCAACUUCGAAAUCUUAUGCCACGGGAGCGUAUGUUCUUGGUGGUAACGUAGGCCUAAAGGCCAAUGCCUCGGCCAACCCGGAGGCGCUCAAAGUCUUUGCAAGGUUUGUGAGACAGCGUGCACCGGGGUUUAAAUUUUCUUCAAUAAAUAUAUUCGAGGAUGUUCGCACUGAGCGCCAUCGUGAUCAGUGGAAUGCCAAUUUGCAUAACUUGGCGAUUGCACUGACUGAAUUCUCAGGUGGAGCCAUCUUUGUGGAGCAUGAAAACGGUCGGGAUGUAUCCGACCUUAAUGGUGCCCGAGGCUCUCGCUUGCAGGUUGCAAAGGGCCCUGUCCGAUUCAAUGCCAGACACAAUUGGCACUACACCGAGGCGUGGAACAUCUUGACUUUCUCCGCGAGUGUCAUGUUGAUGUCCCGGAAUGCGCGCCUGAAGGCCGCGCUGGCUGGCAUGCCGGUGCCAGCAUGUCGUUGUCGCCCCGGGCCCCACGCUGCGGGCUCCCUUGCACCAGAUGUCUUGUACACAACCAAAUUCUGUGAUGUGUUCGCUGGCCUCCUGCAGCUGGCGGUUGGCCAGUCUGUUUGCCUCUUACUUGAGCACGCUGUGCCACUGCAGAGUUCGCGGCAUUCUGCCGUCGCAGCCGCUGGGCGGCAGCCUCGAUUGUCAAAAUUCCAGCCGCAGAUCGCCGAGUUUAAGUGCCAGGCCACGGUCCGUGAGUUCCCGUGGCCCCUUCCUUUGGAUAAUAAAGGCAAUCUCACAUGUGCCGUAGGGUCCAUCCCUCCUGGCUCCCGGCUUCUUCGCGUUGUGUGUGAUCGGGGGGUCGUCGGUGCGAAACAGGUCGGAAGCCUGUCAGGUGUGCCUUCAGCAGUGACCUUUGGCAUUUACCGCACGGAACAAGAGUUUGUGGCUCAGGCAUUGCAUAUCGAUCAUCCUUUCGACUUGUGCGUGGCAGUCCCAGACUUCAUGUUGAGAGCGUUGGCUUUUACCUUGAAAGAGGGCCCGGUUGGUGUGAUGAAACACCGUCUGAAUUUGCUCCAGCAGUGGACUUCUUGGAAACGCGAUUUGGCUGGUGCCGAAGCAAAUCUGCAUGCUGCCAUGGAUCCUGGUGUAGCUUCUGUUAUGAAGGGCAAGAACAUUUUGCUUUUGGAGAAGAUUGCAUCGUCUUUCAGUUGGCCUGACACUGAAGUCUUCGAACACCUCAAGCAUGGGUUUCCUUUAGUGGGGGAGUCGAGUCCUUCUGGCAUCUUCGAUGUGGAUAGAAAACCGGCUCUGAUGACAAGGGCAGAGCUUGUGCAGCAUGCCAAAUUCCUUAGGCCUGCGCUGUGGGCGAAGGUGGCGAACGCGGAGGUGGAUGAUUUAGCUCGGGAAGUGUGGGACUCCACACAGCAAGAGAUGCUAGCCAAGGAGUGGCUAACCGGGCCUUACUCGUGGGACGAGCUGCAAGCCCGUCAUCCAGAAGGCUGGCUUCCAGUGCGGAGGUUCGGCAUUGUGCAAAAAGCCAAGACGCGGUCGAUAGACGAUUUGGCCGAGAACUCUGUAAACUGCGCUUAUGCUGUUUCCGAUCGGAUUUCUUUGAGGGCCCUUGAUGAAUUGGUCUGGCUUGCGAUCACCCUCUUUAAGAUCUUCAUUGCAAAAGGCGAGGUGAGCAUCCCUUUGUCGGACGGUGACCAUCUUCGCUUUCCGGUGCAUUCUUUCUGGAGGGCCCUGAAACCCGAUGCGCUUCAGCCGAGCUUGAAAACAGUGGACUUGAAGAGUGCUUAUAAACAGUUGGCGGUUUCUCCACGAGACCGCUGUCUGAGCAUAGUGGCCAUCAAGGACCCGGUUUCGAGGCUUGCGUUUGGCUUCGAGAGCCGAACCCUUCUGUUUGGGGCCACCUCGUCGGUGGUCUCAUUCAAUCGCGUUGCAAGAUUGCUCCAGAGGGUUCUGAUUGCGUUGCAGGUGCUCGCCUGCAACUACUUCGACGAUUACCCGGUUUUAGAGGUCUUGCCGCUUUGUAACAACACGCAGUCGACUGUCAGAGCCGCGUUGGACCUGCUGGGUUUCGCCUGGGCAGAAGAUAAGGAUCUUCCCUUCAGCCAUGAGGCCGAACUUCUAGGCGUUCGGGUUGACCUUGGUAGCUUUGGGGUAGUUAAGAUUGGGAAUAAGCCCGAACGUGCUACUGCCAUCGCUGAGGCGGUGGACUCCGUCUUGAGUGCGGGCCAUCUUGAUCCGAAGACUCUGCCGUCUUUGUUCGGUCGCCUCCAGUUUGCCGAGGGAGUCUUGUACCAUUUCGACAACGGCGCGUGGUGCACUUUCUUCUUUGCAUGUGCUAUCCCUUUGAGCGUUGUACAGAGCUGGGAGGCUCUCGGGAAAAGGCAUUUGAUAGGCCCAGUUGAGAUGUAUGCAGUGGUAUGUGCGAGAGAAGCGUGGGCGAAGCACUUGAACAUGCAAAGGGUGACCAUGUAUGUGGAUCACUCCGGAGUGUUGGCCUCUUUGGUGAAAGGCUCUUCAAAAGACCCUUUGUGGAGGCAACUCUUGCUGAUCUUUGAGAGCUGCGACGCUGAAGCGGGGCAGGUGUGCAGAGUGUCGCCUCGAUGCCCGAUCAAAGGCAAUGCCACGAUUGAUCUCCUUCUUAAGUGA